AUGUUUUCAGUAGCCACACUUUUGUUGGUCUAUGGAAUUCUCUUUGGCCUGCCUCAAAACGGAGGUGCAGAAAACUGGGCCACGUUUCAACGAAAGCAUAUCAGCAGUAACUCUACUACUGGAUUCAACUGUACCAAAGCCAUGAGCGAUUCUAUAUUUAUUGUAAAUGGGCAAUGCAAGAGCUUCAAUACCUUCAUCCAUGCAGUCGCUGGAAGAGUCAAGGAGAUCUGCAAAGGUGUCAAGGGUCACAAGAAUAAAACCAGUCCAAAUGCAUAUGACCUAACUGAGUGCACAAAAGCUACCAGGUGCGAAUAUAACGGACGUAAUCAACGAAGUAAAAUAUGUGUAACCUGCGAAAAUAGUGUGCCUAUUCAUUUCGUCCGUAGAGGGAACCUGCUAAUAAACGUUUGUCAUAAGUUUACAAAAGCAUAUGAUGCAUUAAAGCAGAAAGAAACAAUACAGAGUAAUUUUGCUACUAACACUCUCCCCUUAACAUAUCUCUAA